UGACACAAACGAGCGCUGAAGCCUCUUGACCGUCCUCACCUUCUACGCAUUUACCCUGUGUCAUGCUACACCAACGAGCCCAAAAUGUUACCUUAGUGGAUUUAAACGGUUGCAGGCCGUGACAGGGGUAGGCGGUUCUGGCGGAACAGUCCGCGGAAGACGCCUGAGGGACGACGCGACUCCAACGGCGACUCCCCGCCGGUCGUCAAGAUGUUCCGGGCUUUCCGAGCCGAGUUGGACGAACGCAACGACCGCUACGAGCGUCUCACAAGACUCGGACGCGACGUCAGCACCGAAUGCAGACGCAUCGUUAUUUUGCUGAAUCGCCCCGCGAGUGCCGGCGAGCGGGAGAAGGUUCUCGUGAAGGCCCACCGCCGACUGUGCGAGCUGAACGAUUCGCUGCUCCGAGACAUGGCCGCCGAAUUGAAGGGCCAGGACUACUACCAGUACCUGAGGGCGUUCACUGUGGGUCUUCAAGAGUACGUGAGAGCGGUGUCCUUCUUUCGCUACCUAAAAGAUGACUGCCUGGUGACGUUGGACGAGAUCAACAGCGCUCUGGUCUUUGAGACGCAAGCUGAGGAACCGGAAAGCGAAAGAACCGCUCGCAGUGAUUCUGGGGGGUCAUCGCCCAUAAAGCCAACCGAAGGCAGCGGGUACUUCUCGCUGGAGGUCACCCUCAUCGAUUACCUGUACGGCGUUGCCGACAUGGCCGGAGAACUGAAGCGCAUGUCGGUGUCCGCACUGGGACGCGGGGACCAGGAGACACCGCGCGUCCUGUGCCGAUUCCUCCGAGACCUGUACACCGCGUUCAUCUCCUGCAGCUUCCUGCCGGCUCAGAGCUCGUGGCGAAACCGCGACGUGGGCCACAGGUCGUGGGCUCUGCUCCAGAACGUGGUCGAAGUCGAGAAGGCCUGCUACGCCGCCAAGCUUCACGGCCCCGCUAGUGACAAGACCCCCGACGUCGAGGUCGAUGCCGUUCUCCCUCUGAUGGAAGACCUCGUUGUGGUCGAAUGAUGCCCGCCGUGCGGCACACCUUCAAGCUUGAAGCUGGGCUCUAUUGGAGUUUCAAUCUCCAACAUGGUCUAGUUAGUCCACAAUUGUCUUGGAUAUGAUCGCGCUGUGACGUAUGGGGAUGGAUUCGCGCGAAUGCAAAACAAGGCGCUGUAUAAAGUAUAUACGCAGGGACUCAUUCGCGUUAGCACACAACCCUGCAAGGUACAGGGAUUGAGCGACAUAUAGUGCAAUAAGUCGGUCUCGGGGGGGGGGGGGGGGGAAGAAAAGAAAGCUGCGAAGAACACACUUGUAGAUAGAACUCGCAGGAGAUGAUGCUUCGGAACACGUAAAACACCGGCAACGCAACUGAUUCACGCGAACACACAUCAUCUGUGGUGUCACGUGAAUUCGUCCCUGCUGCCUCACAGCUCGAUUAUCCAAGACAACUCGAGCACCCGGCUGCACUCGUGGUGUGCUGCAUCUAGCUUUUGCUUGAACUUCUUUGUUUUUCUCUGUUUUUUCUUUUGUUUUUGCUCGUCUGGUUUUUGUUUGCUUGCUUUGCAUACACGGGACAUGAAGUUUUUUUUAAGAAGGCUUUCGGAAAAUAAAGGAAUCUGUGGCCU